GAUGCCGCGGCGAACGCACGCAUCGCGCGUUCCAAAUUCGAAUUUGAUUUUUUAAUUCCGUGUGUUUUUGUGGACAGUGAUAUAUAAACUUUUUUAGUUCUUAUAAAAUUGUGCAAUGGAGUCGGAGUUAGAUUCACAGACUAAAAAAAAAGCGCCAAAACCGUUUUCGAUAGAAUCUAUAAUUGGUGACAGAAAAUCUCCCGAAAUAGACAUAGAGAAUAACAUUUCGGAGAGUUCCAGACAUUCAGAUGAAGAUGAAGAACGAUCAGAGAGAUUUAAUAGGAUGCGAUGUUAUUUUAAUACGCCAUUUUUGCAGCAGAACGUUAAUUUUCCUUUUUUGUUGGGUUAUCCUGAGCCGUGGUUGUCGAGAGUCUUUGGUGCCGUUCCGCCACAGAUAACGCAGGAGAAUAGAGAAGAAGAGAAGAGGGAGAGUCCUGUUAGUGUUGGUAGUGAAUUGGAAAGUGAUGGGGCGGAAGAUAAUACACAGGGUAAUGACUCAGAACCAGACCAAGAAGAUGGCACAGAUACUCCUCGAGAGAACAAAGCGAGAAGAAGAAGAACAGCCUUCACCUCAGAACAGCUCCUUGAACUGGAGAGGGAGUUCCACGCCAAGAAGUACCUCAGCCUCACAGAACGGUCACAGAUAGCAGCUGCGCUCAAACUGAGUGAAGUGCAGGUAAAAAUAUGGUUCCAAAAUCGUCGAGCGAAAUGGAAACGCGUGAAAGCAGGCCUCGCGUCGGGCAGCCACGCCGGGGGCAAAAACACCGGUACCAAAAUAGUAGUACCAAUCCCCGUCCAUGUUAACCGGUUCGCAGUCAGAACACAACACCAUCAAAUGGAGAAGCAAAAUCUACAGUAUAGACUAGAUAGAACGCAGCCUCUACCUGGCAGUCUCCUUCAAUCACAGACUUCAGCCUUUUUAUCCGCCUCAAAAACCGAUAAUCGACAAGAAUCGAUAAACGUAAACCCGCUAAGUCACAACACUAUUUACGAUGCAAGGUUACUGACACCAGCUGUCAAUUUGAGACAUUACCCGAAUCAGAAUAUACAAAAUGGCCGACACAGUUAGUUUUAUAAGAUUAUUUUUAUUUAAGUGAUAAGUAAUUGCCUAAAGUUUAUUUGUAUUAUAUAAAAAUGAUUAAAGAUUGUGUGAUAAAAAUUUCGUAUUUUAUUUCAAUCUUUAGUUUUAGUCUAUCCAGGAUUGAACCCAAGACAUCUCUUUUGCAAAGCGUCAUUCAAAAUCUACAGUAUAGACUAGAUAGAACACAGCAUCUACCUGGCAGUCUCCUUCAAUCACAGACUUCAGCGUUUUUAUCCGCCUCAAAAACCGAUAAUCGUCAAGAAUCGAUAAACGUGAACCCUCUAAGUCACAACACUAUUUACGAUGCAAGGUUACUGACACCAGCUGUCAAUUUGAGACAUUACCCGAAUCAGAAUAUACAAAAUGGCCGACACAGUUAGUUUUAUAAGAUUAUUUUUAUUUAAGUGAUAAGUAAUUGCCUAAAAUUUAUUUGUAUUAUAUAAAAAUGAUUAAAGAUUGUGUGA